UAAUAAAAUAAAACGUAUUUUUUUGCAAUGAAUUAAAAUAAAAGUGGAUUUACUUGGUGCAAAUUAAACAGCAGGUGUUAUUUGAAACAAAAUAACAUCAUUACACUAUGGUUAAUCCUAGUUUAGCAUAUGAGAUUCUUUUGUAUAUAAAUUCAUUUUAUUUUGGACUCUUCUCAACAUGUGAACUCGGCGCUCUCGUAUUGAAGUCUUUCCUUAUUAGUGGAAAUUAUAAAAUUGUUGAAGAAGGUUAUAUAUUGAUUGGAAGAGAUUAUGGUGUGCUCAUUGGAUUAUUUAUCGUGGAAGCAGCCAGAUUGUUUCUUGGAAGGAAGGGUAGCCUUAGCGAAAAAGAUCCUCCAGUGAUGUUUUCAGUGUUCCUCACACUACCUUCUAUUGGUGGGGUGCUAUUUCUCCUGCACUGGCAACAAGUAGUACUUCGGAUUGAGUAUAUAUGGUGUACCUUGAUGCUGCUAUUGCAGUUAGCUGAGUUUGUGUUUGCAUGUAUGUUCAUAGUCACUAUGUGUAGGGGCCCCUCUUAUGACUGAGUUCUCUGAGUAGCUGAUCAAAC